UGACUGUCUAAAGCAGUACACUGAGUACACUUGUGAAAAUGUUAUCGAAUUUUGUUGUAACCUACAUUUUAGUAUUAUUUAUUUAGUAUUUUAUUCAAAAUACCGUGUUGAAUUGAGUGUAUGAUGGCUCUAGGACCAGGUUCUCUCACCUCUGAUAUUAGUAGACGAAACCCUCAAGAUGAAUAUGAACUUAUUCAGAGGAUUGGGAGUGGUACCUAUGGGGACGUGUAUAAGGCCAAGCAACUGUCCACUAAUGAGUAUGCUGCCAUCAAAGUCAUCAAACUGGAACCAGGGGAUGAUUUUGCAGUCAUCCAACAAGAAAUUUUGAUGAUGAAAGAUUGCCGGCAUCCUAACAUAAUUGCUUAUUUUGGAAGCUAUCUUAGAAGAGAUAAAUUAUGGAUUUGCAUGGAAUUUUGUGGGGGUGGGUCCUUGCAAGACAUAUAUCAUAUAACAGGACCACUUACUGAACUUCAAAUUGCAUUCAUGUGUAGAGAAACACUUCAUGGUCUGGCUUAUCUCCAUGGAAUGGGCAAAAUGCAUAGGGAUAUUAAGGGUGCAAAUAUUCUUUUAACGGAAGAUGGUGAUGUAAAGUUAGCCGAUUUUGGAGUAUCAGCGCAAAUCACUGCAACAAUAAACAAAAGAAAGUCCUUCAUUGGGACUCCGUACUGGAUGGCACCUGAGGUGGCGGCUGUCGAGCGGAAAGGAGGCUACAAUCAGCUUUGUGAUAUUUGGGCCACAGGUAUCACAGCCAUUGAAUUAGCUGAGCUCCAACCCCCCAUGUUUGACUUGCAUCCAAUGCGAGCCUUAUUUCUUAUGAGCAAGUCAGGAUUUAAACCACCUGCUCUCAAGGAUCGUGACAAGUGGAGCCCCACUUUUCACAACUUUGUGAAAACUGCUCUCACCAAAAAUCCGAAGAAGAGGCCCACAGCUGACAAAUUGCUUCAGCAUGCCUUUUUUCAAGCUGAAAUGACAAAGAGACUAGCUUUAGAAUUACUCCAGAAAGUAAAUAAUCCAUCGCAUAUGUUCUCUGAAAUGGAAGCUGAUGAAGAUGGCGCUAUACCCAAUGUACCUCAACGAAUUGCAUCCAGGCACACAGCUCGAGCUAAAAGGAGACUCCCAUCACAUCUUGCAGGGAAUGCUGAGGUCCCCCUGAACCAACAACCUUCCUCAUCUAGAUAUACUGAUUGGGAUGAGAUUGAUGUAUUAGACACGUUUGAUAAUGAUCCUGACUGUGAUACAAGUGCUGAGUGGUCCAAAGGAAAUCUUUAUGAGGGGGGAAGUGAAAAGAUCAGUUUCCAGUCAGCAAGGGCUCUUGUGGAACAGUAUGCAGAUAGGCAGAUAGGCCAUGGCUGCAUGUGCCUGAAGCCUCACCUUCCGUGCAGCGGUGCAGCUCUCUUUCAAAUGACUUUAAGGACCUUGCUGCAGUACAUAGAUGAAGAACUUGUUAUGAGGGGGAACUCCCCAUACAUGCUGUCUGCACAGGAUGAGCAGUUUUAUUUGCAAGCCACUCUUCCCAUGGGUGAAACUUCCACAUCUGGCCAAUACAAUCAAAAUUUUAGCUCUACUGGAACUGGUGGAUCCCCUCGGCGUCACAGCUCAGUAGAUGAAAUAUUAGGUCUUACUGCAACUUUGACUUUAAAUGGACAGAGACAGCGGUCACUUAGUGAUAGUAGAGCAACAGAAAAGAAUGCAGUAAAUGGAGAUGGGGAUGUUGUUAGUUCUAGUGCAGAACCUGAUCUGUUGUCUGAUACCCCCCCUGUCCCUCCUCGAAGAAGGGAUAAAAAAAGACACACACCUCCAAGACCUGCAAGCAAUGGUCUACCUCCAACUCCAAAAGUUCAUAUGGGGGCUUGUUUCUCUAAGGUAUUCAACUGCUGUCCUCUUAGAAUUCAUUGCACUGCAAGCUGGAUACAUCCUGACACAAGAGAUCAACACAUUCUUAUUGGAGCAGAAGAAGGAAUUUAUAAUUUGAAUCUUAAUGAGCUUCAUGAAACAGCCAUAGAUCAGUUGUAUCCAAGGCGCACUACAUGGAUGUAUGUCAUUAAGGAUGUACUCAUGUCACUUUCAGGAAAAACACCCCAACUGUACCGCCAUGACCUUCUGGCUCUCCAUGGCAAGCAGUCUCACAGAUUUUCAAUGCACGUUAAUAAAAUCCCUGAGCGGCUGGUCCCGCGUAAGUUUGCAUUAACUACGAAAGUCCCUGACACCAAAGGCUGUAGUAGGUGUUGUGUUGGGAGGAACCCUUACAAUGGAUACAAAUAUCUUUGUGGUGCCUCACCCACUGGUAUAUUUCUAAUGCAGUGGUAUGACCCUCUAAACAAAUUUAUGCUACUUAAGCACUGUGAAUGCCCGUUGCCAUCCCCUUUGUCUGUUUUUGAAAUGAUUAUCACUCCUGAAAUGGAAUAUCCAAUGGUGUGUGUAAGUGUGAAACAAGGGUACCAGGCGGACCGUCUUAAGUUAGAUCUCAUAAAUAUGAAUUCAGGAUCGAGCUGGUUCCACAGCGACGAACUGGAGGAUAUUGAUGGAGCCGCUACUGUGAUUCCCAGGCGAGAAAAUAUUAAUAUUGUUCAUGUUACUCAGCUUGAUAAAGAUGCAAUUCUUGUGUGUUAUGGCAGCACUGUUAAAAUUGUCACACUUCAAGGAAAGCUCAGAAGUAGUCGAAAGCAGGUCUCUGAGCUUAACUUUAGUUUCCGUGUGCAAUCUAUAGUUUGUCUUCCAGACAGUGUGCUUGCAUUCCACAAACAUGGUAUGACUGGUCGCAGUCUUAAAAAUGGGGAAAUCACCCAAGAAAUCAAUGACCUCAGCCGAGUUUAUAGAUUAUUAGGCAGUGACAAAGCGGUAAUGCUGGAAAGUCAACUGAGCAGUGAUGUUUCAAGAGGAGGUACACUUACAGAACCCGAAGGAAUGGAUCUGUACAUCCUUGCAGGCCAUGAGGCAAGCUACUGAGUGGAGGAAUUGACACAGUGGACUACUAUUAAUGGAUCAUUGAGUGCAGAGAAGGAAUAUUCUCACAGCAGAUAUGAAUCUGCCAAAUGUCUAUGCCAAAGAAUUGUACUUGUUGUACAGUACUUCGUACUUCUACUUUAGGAACUUGUGUGGAGCUACUGGUUUGAUAGCUCUUGAAACUGGUCUGCUCAAAGGAAGAAAGAAGUAUUAUUUUAAAUCGACUGAUAUACCUCUAGGAGCUUUUUUUAAGCCUAGGCUGCAGCCUCAACUCAUAAGACUUGUAUGGCUUCAUUUUGACAGUGGUCACCGCACUCAAAGCCACACUUUGUUGUGUGUACUUGCCAAUCACUUAGAAAUUUCCGAUUUGAUUGUAUUUGUUUUCAGUCCCCUAAAAAACAAAAUGAUAAAAAUAUCAGCAAAUGGAGAUUAACAAAAUGCAAAUUUACUCACACUUGUUUUCUAAGUCAAGAAGCUCAAUAUGCAUAACUAAGCAAGUGUGUCCUUAUUUGAUGUAUGAGAGCCAUUUUAUUUUCUUACUGUGCUUUUAAAAAUCUUUAAAAUGGAAUGACAAUACUCAAAGCUUUACUGUUGGUGUGUUGAGUGUUAAUGGAGCUUCUUCACCUGAGUUCAGUGAACUCAGCUGAUCAUAGACACAAGCUUCAAUGGCUGCUGCUGGGAAAAAAAAUGUCAAUUUCCUCUGCAUUUCUGAUCUAACAUAUCUUUUCGUAUUUGCUAACAUAUUUUUUAAUUAGACUUUUAAAAAAAAUUACCUUGAUGUAAGCUGUAUUGUGUGUGCCUGACCAAUAACAAUUUCAAGAUUUGGUCUGAGUCACUUAAGUUAUACCCAUUUUAAAAUUUGUUUAAAAUGGCUUGUGCCGUUUCAAACAUAACAUCACAUGUGAAGAGUGUAUCCUUUAUCAAUCUUUUCAAUGUCUUGUAGCCUUUAUUAAAUUGUUAUUGCAUUUGUUAAGGUGUUGACAUGGAUUUAUUUGUAUAUCUAAUUGUUAAAACAGUGGUCCUGCUCUGGCAAAUGCUGGCAACAUCAAUAGGGGUUCUAUAUCUUUAAAUUUUGAAAAUAAUUUGUUUUAGUUAGAAAGAUAGUGGAGACCAUUUCAGAAUUAUGUUCUAAAUUCCUGAGUUCUGUUGCAAUUUUGUAAUUUGGAAGAGAAUUUAUGAAGUAUCAAUUUUGGGCAUUUAUUGCGCAUUCUGAUGAAAUCUUUGUGAUGCUAAAUCAGCAAUUGAUAAUCAGCCUAGAGCAUCUGUACUGGCUUAAUUGUUAGCAUAAUAAGGUUUCAACUUUGUGAAGCUGUGUCACUUUUCUCUAGUACUCUGAUUUCCUGCAGUCAUUCCGUUUUUUUGUUGUUUUUUUGCCCUUGUGUAUUGUUUUUAUUGCAGUAUUUGAGUUUUUAUGAAGUUUUGUAUAUGAACUGAAGACUGUACAGUUAAGCAUGUCCAAGUGGGAUUAAAAAGUACCUUUUGGUACUUAUUUAUGACAUUUAAAACCAUACGAGAAUAAACCUAAAUUCCAACAAAGUAUAAAUUAA